AUGUGGAGACGACUCAAAUCAAAACAACGUGGCCAGACUCCCCGACUGGAUGACUUGAAUGAUCAGGUCAACUCGACAUGUGAGGGUCAGAACCAGGGCUCACCGAUAUCUACUUCCUUGGAACAAUCCCCCAAUGUUCGACGACGGAGUUCGGGUAACCAACUAUUUCCGUCAACAUCUCCAGAGCGUCAGCGGCGCCGCUCGCAAGAUCGCCGAGAUGACCCAAUGGGUCUCACAGUUCUCCACGCCCCAGAGUCAAAACACCGGACCGUGGACAUCCUGUUCAUACACGGACUCGGAGGCACUAGUCUACGAAUAUGGUGCAAGAAUCGGGACUUGAAGUUGCUCUGGCCCAAGAAUUGGCUGGCAGAGGAACCAGACCUGUCUACAGCACGCAUCUUGACGUUUGGCUACAACGCAAACUUUGCUGCGAAGAAGGAGCAGGCAUCCUUGUCGAUUGGUGACUUCGCCAAUGACCUGCUCUUUCACAUGAAAUACGACCAAGAUGGUGACGAAAAGAUGGGCGAAGUCCCAAUCAUAAUCGUCGCACACUCGAUGGGGGGUCUUGUGUUCAAGAAAGCUUACAUCCAUGGGCAUCUCAACGAGCAGUAUCGCAAAAUUACGUCUAGCAUCAAAGCUGUUCUCUUCAUGGCUACUCCGCACCGGGGGACUGAUCUCGCAGAGUCCCUAAACCGGAUUCUCACCAGCUCCAUUUUUGGGCAUUCCCCGAAAGAUUACGUUAGAGAGCUCACAAAAGGCAGCACUACUAUCGACGAGCUAAAUGAUACAUUUCGCCAUCAUGCGGCAAAAUUGCAGAUAUUUUCGUUCUACGAGACUCUCACCACCGCGGUUGGACCGAUGAAUGUGAUGAUUCUAGAAAAGUAUUCGUCCGUGUUAGGCUACCAUAAUGAGACUCCACAGCCUUUGAUGGCAAACCAUCACGAUGUGGUGAAGUUCUCCAGUCGGAAUGACCCCAACUAUAAGUCAGUGCGAGGCGCCCUGCGCAGCAUCGUCAAUGCGUUCCGGUUUUCGAAAAUACACGAGCAUGAUACCGAGAAAGAUAUCAAAAUGAUCCAAAAGUGGCUGGGAGUGACGGGCCCGCCGGAAGAGGACUUGGCUUCACUGCAAUCAGUCUGGAAGGCAGGAACAUGUGAGCAUCUGCUGCAAAAGCCCAAGUUUGAAGAUUGGCUCGAUUCAGAUAUUCCCCAUAUUCUCUGGGCACACGCUCCUCCGGGGAGUGGAAAAUCGAUCCAGUGCUCCUUUGUAAUCCAAUCCCUUCAACUGCGCCGAGAAAGGUGUGCGUACUGGUUCUUUAAGGAUGCCGAUGUUCAUAAGCGUUCCCUGAGCAACAUGCUUCGCUCAGUGGCCUACCAGAUUGCGGUCGAAGAUGAGUCAUUUCGGCGAGCUCUUAUGGAAGUUGUCAAGUCAGGCAUGCGUGUCGACAAAGCGGAUGCGCGCACAAUUUGGCGAAAUAUCUUUGCUUCUAGACUUUCAGCCAUCAGUACGGUGAUGUAUUGGGUCAUAGAUGGGUUGGAUGAGUCGGAAUCGAGCAGAACCUUUAUCGAUCUCAUCUCAAAUAUUAGCACGUCCCAGAGCAAUAUCCGAGUCCUUUUCUUCAGUCGUCCACUGUCAAACAUCAACCAAGCUAUCCAGAGAGCAAGGAGGCGAGUUACCAUCACAGAUGUUGCUUUGACAGACAACUUGGAAGACAUACGUCUCGUGGCUGCAGAUGAAAUGGAUUCCUUUCUCUCGGGCGAUGAGUUCGAGGAUUUUAAGCACGAAACCAUUGAGGAAAUUACGUGCCGCUCGCAAGGCAACUUCCUGUGGGCCAGUCUCAUCCUCAAAAUUGUCAUCAAUUGUCAUCGCCAAGAAGAAGUCAAACAGGUCCUACGUGCCACGCCGGAUGGCAUGGACAAGCUCUAUCAUGGAAUGGCUGAGGCCAUUGCAAAGAUAGACCGCGAGGAGAAUACAACUCUUUGUAAGAUACUUCUUUCUUGGGCCAUGUACUCGACCAGACCUAUUGAGAUAGAAGAAAUCAUGGAGCCCUAUUCCACGGAGCUCCACACAGUCAUUGAUCUCAAACAUACAAUCAGCGAAAUCUGUGGUCAGUUUGUGGUCAUCAACGCCAACAAUCAGGUCGUAUUGGUCCACCAGACAGCUCGACAAUACCUCAGAGCUUGUACCAGGCUUCCAUUCUCGCUCGAUGCAUGUGAGGUGAACGAAGAGCUCCUAUUUUAG